GGGCCGUUUGCACCAUCUGCAGUUAGGCACUUAACCUAGAGUUAGCUAAAUUUUCGUUUUCUCCAUGUGUAGUUAGCGUCCAUCUGUCAGAUAAGUUUGAGUUAAGUUUACUGGAGCUUCGGCUGCCAGUUAACUGCUAACUAGAACCAAAACUGACAGUUGACAGCGAUAAAUAAAUAAAUUUUUGUUCUGAUAUUCAUACACAAUUUUGUGAUUUUAUAAGUUUUUAAUGGAAAAUUUAGCGCAGAAUUAUUUAUUAUCCCAAUUAAGUCGGAGUCGUGUUCCGAAGCGAAGAACGCAUGGGAAAAGAAUUGAUUUCUUUAGAAAAUAUGAUGAAAACAUAUUCAACAGAAGAUUUCGUCUAUCCAAGGAAAGUUUUUUAUACGUUUUGACAAAAAUAGAGGCAAAAAUCAGAAGUAGUUCGGAAAGGAACUGCCCGCUUAGUCCUACCGAAAUGUUAUUAUUGGCAUUACGCUUCUAUGCAUCUGGGAGCUUUUUAAUUUCUAUUGCUGAUUUUUGCGGAGUCAGCGUAGCCACUGCAAGUCGUGUAGUUAAUAAAGUGUCCAAUGCCAUCGCAAGUAUUUCCAAGGACUUUAUUAAGAUGCCAAAUACAAGCACGGAAAUCGAAAAUGCAAAUACCAGCUUUCACCAAAUAGCAAAAUUCCCAAAGGUUAUUGGAUGUAUCGACUGCACACAUGUGCGGAUCCAGUCACCUGGUGGAGAAAACGCUGAAAUAUUUAGAAACAGGAAAGGGUACUUUUCAUUCAACGUACAAGCUGUGUGUAACGCAAACUUAAUAAUAACAGACCUCGUAUGCCGGUGGCCUGGUUCUGCACAUGACAGCAAUAUAUUCAACAACAGUCGAUUGAAGCAUCGUUUUGAGCAAAAUGAAUUCAAAGAAUGUUUUUUACUGGGCGACAGUGGAUACAGUGUCAACAAAUAUAUGAUGACCCCGCUUUUACAUCCCAGUGCUCGUGCAGAAACUUUGUACAACGAGUCGCAGAUUCGUACUCGAAAUUGCAUUGAGAGAUGUUUUGGUGUUUGGAAGCGCCGUUUUCCGGUGCUCUCGCUUGGAUUAAGGCUUUCCCAAGGCACAAUAAUGAACAUCAUUGUCGCCUGCGGAGUACUUCACAACAUUGCCCGUCAGAACAAGGACACAUACCAAUUUGAAGAGGAAAGUCUCAACGUUCCUGAGACUACCGCCCCUUUCAUUGAUGCGGAGGAAAUAGCCAAUGAAAGGCAAGAAAAUAAUGUUGUGAGAUCAAAUCUUAUCAGAGAUUAUUUUUCAAGGUUUGUCAACAAUUUAGCUUAUAUAGCCAAGAAUGAAAUAUAUUUCUGCUUUCUUCCAGGAUAUAAUGGACAUGCUAUAAUUGUUGCUCUCGAAGCAGAUGAUAAACUAUUCAUUAUUUAACUAGAACUAAAUAUAGCAUAAACAUAUAUUUACAUACAAAAACACAUUAACUUACCUUUCUCACCUUCACUCGCCUAUUUUAUAUAUACAUACAUAUGUAUGUUCAUACUUACUUUCUCCUAAUCCCUAUAAUUGUAUACCUACAAUUUUUGUCGUUAUACUUACACUAUUUACUUACUUAUUUACAUAUCGAUGGCUCAGUGGAAGAUCGGCAUAUCUCGGCAGCCA